AUGGUCAAAGCUGUUGUUCUCGGUGCUUCUGGCGGCAUUGGCCAGCCCCUCUCUCUCCUGCUGAAGGCCUCGCCCCUCGUCGAUGAGCUGGCUCUGUACGAUGUUGUCAACACCCCCGGUGUUGCGGCCGAUCUGUCCCACAUCUCCUCCACUGCGAAAAUCACAGGCUACCUCCCCAAGGACGAUGGUCUGAAGCACGCUCUGACCGGCGCUGACAUCGUCGUCAUCCCCGCCGGCAUUCCCCGCAAGCCCGGUAUGACCCGUGACGAUCUCUUCAAGAUCAACGCCGGUAUCGUCCGUGAUCUGGCCAAGGGCGUUGCUGAGUUCUGCCCCAACGCCUUCACUCUGGUCAUCUCCAACCCCGUCAACUCCACUGUCCCCAUUGCCGCCGAGGUUCUCAAGAAUGCCGGCGUCUUCAACCCUAAGCGCCUGUUCGGUGUCACCACUCUGGACGUGGUUCGUGCCGAGACCUUCACGCAGGAGUUCUCCGGUCUGUCCGACCCCUCCAAGGCCACCGUGCCCGUCAUUGGCGGUCACUCUGGCGAGACCAUCGUCCCUCUGUUCAGCCAGGUCUCCCCCGACUUCAAGAUCCCCGCUGAUCGCUACGAUGCCCUUGUCAACCGCGUGCAAUUCGGUGGUGACGAGGUUGUCAAGGCCAAGGACGGUGCUGGUUCCGCCACUCUUUCCAUGGCCUUUGCUGGCUUCCGCUUCGCCGAGUCUGUGAUCAAGGCCUCCAAGGGCGAGAAGGGCGUUGUUGAGCCCACCUUUGUCUACCUCCCCGGUGUUGCCGGUGGUGAGGAGAUUGUCAAGGCUACUGGCGUGGAGUUCUUCUCCACCCCUGUUGAGCUUGGUCCCAACGGCGCUGAGAAGGCCAUCAACUUGCUCAGUGGCAUUACCGAGAAGGAGAAGUCCCUUCUCGAAGCCUGUAUCAAGGGUCUCAAGGGCAACAUUGAGAAGGGUGUUGAGUUCGUCAAGAACCCCCCACCAAAGUAA